GAACAGCCUGCUGGCUUCAGCAAAGACCUGAACGACGAGCUAUAAACAAGCCCCACUCAGGGAAAGGUGAGUAGAGGUCUUUGGGUAGAGCUGAGAAUUUGAGCUGUGGCAGUUAUAGGACAUGGCUGGAAAGCUGGACUGGGACCAGGUCAUGGAGGUUUUUGAAUGCCAGAUGGAGGAGUGAAAGCGUCAUCUCACAGAGGUCUCCUGAAGGGUUUUCAACAGAGAGGGGAGAUUAUCAAAUGCACAUUAUAGGAAAAUUAUCCAGCAUCGGCAUGAACUAGAGGUUCUAAACUGCUUUUCCUGGGUUCAUGGAGGGAAAUUACAAGUUACAGCCAUCAGGCUAAGCAUAGCACGUAUGCAACGUGGUCUUUGCAGUUGCCUUUUACUAUAGGAGGGUAUGGUGUCUCCACCAAGUGAAUAGUGAUUGAAAAGGAGUAUUGCAACCUCCCAGCAUUACGGAUAUAUUAGAGUGACGGGUGUGAGAAGUGGGAGGAAGGCAAGGGGGACAGAGAGACCAACUAGAAAGCCGUAAGAACAGCUCAGAUACUAGGUUGUGGCGGACAGGUGGCAAAGAUGGCAGCACUAUGACAACAGCUCUGAUCUUCUCUUAGUCUAGCAUGGGUUCCAAUAGGACAUUGCAUCCCACCAUGUUCUGUUGCCAGAGGGCUCCAACAGGAGUCCUUUCAUCUAUGUGUGGCAAGUCCUCUUGGGACUCUGGUGGCCACAGCGCAUCUCUUCCACUGUGACACCCCCUGAUGUCCACGUGGUGAUCGUGAAGAUGAAUUCAAGUCUGAAAUAAAGUGCUUUGCCUGCAAACAUCAAAACAAACGAGGAUGGAUUUGUUGGGAGUAUACUAAGUAGCUGAUAGAACAGAAGAGCUGCAAACCAAACCUCAGCAAAGGUAAGACUUAGGAGAAACUGGAGGACAUUUCUUUAGUGAUCUGACUUCAACUACCUCUUGUCAGUUUCCCAGGGGAGAGAGAAUGAUUGUCCUAGAUUAGGUCAUGUGUCCACCCCUGUCCUACGUGACUGGCAGGCUCCAGCAUCACUCGAAGUCCAAAGAGAGGUGCAGUUCCUCAAAGGAAGAGUGGGAUGGAUCAUGCAGCCGCCCAGCUGGAGAAGCAGCAUGUGCACGAUGUGUAUGAGAGCACCGCUCCUUACUUCAGCGACUUGCAGAGCAAAGCCUGGCCUCGUGUCCGCCAGUUCCUCCAGGACCAGAAGCCUGGCAGCCUCAUCGCUGACAUAGGUUGUGGAACUGGAAAGUAUCUUAAAGUGAACAGCCAGGUACAUACCCUGGGCUGUGACUACUGUGCGCCAUUGGUAGAGAUUGCCCGGAGUAGAGGAUGUGAAGUCAUGGUAUGUGACAACCUUAAUCUCCCCUUUAGGGAUCAGGGCUUCGACGCCAUCAUCUCCAUAGGAGUCAUACAUCAUUUUUCUACAAAACAAAGAAGAAUCAGAGCAAUAAAGGAAAUGGCCAGGGUCUUAGUUCCUGGAGGCCAGCUGAUGAUUUAUGUUUGGGCCAUGGAACAGAAGAACCGGCACUUUGAGAAGCAAGACGUGCUUGUUCCAUGGAACAAAGCCUUGUGCUCCCAGCCCCUCUCGGAAUCCAGCCAGCCUGGGAGAAAGAAGCAGUGCGGGCAUCCAGAAAGAAGCCAUCCCUACCCCCCUCCCUGCUCUGCGUGUCGCUGUCCCGUUUGUUUUAAGGGGCGCUGUGAUUCGAGGCGGUCCCGCAGCGUGGACCGUGACUCUGCUCUAGCUGGCACCUGCUGUGCAAAUAUUUCCAAGGAAGGCGAGGAAGAAAACGGAUUCUAUAACACGCUGGGGAAAUCUUUUCGUUCCUGGUUUUCCUCUAGAUCUUUGGAUGAAUCAACUCUGAGGAAGCAAAUUGAAAAAAUGAGACCCUUGAAAAACACAGAAAGUUGGGCCAAUAGCGCGAUAUCCACCCAGCCUUCAAGACGCUCAAGUUUCGACUUAGAUCAUCCAGAGCCAUUUUCGACAGGAGAGCAACAUUUAGAUGAGGAAGUGUUUGUGGAGACUUCUCAGAAACACCUGGAAUGGCUGAGAGCGCCCGCCACACACAAACACCUAAAUGGAGACCAUCCAAGAGGCGUGAGGAGAAAUGGAGAUGGGAAUUUUCUGGGUAGCACCAACACCAGGGAGAAUUGUACGGAUGCAGGUAACUUAGAAGAGGGUACCCCUUCUGCUAGUAAAAUAUGGAGGAGGAUUUCUGCAGCUGAUUCCAAAGAUUCCAACCCAGGUGACACCAUUUCUGUCGAAGAACAACAGCCUGACAUUUUGGAAUCUGGUGCCUUUAUGCGCUAUUACCACGUGUUUCGAGAAGGCGAGCUCUAUGGCCUGCUGAAGGACAGUGUGUCGGAGCUCCAUAUUCUGAGCUCUGGGAAUGAUCAUGGCAACUGGUGUAUCAUUGCAGAGAAGAAGGAAAGCUGUGAUUGAUCGGAUCAUUUCAGACAUCUCCUCCAAAAGAUGAACCCCAUUCUUCUCACUGGGUCUGUGAUAUGGUCCCCUGAGUGGACAUCCAAUUUCGUCAUUUGGUCUGUAUUGAAUCCAUUUAUAUUUUGGUCUAUAGAGACUAUGAAUUCAUCAUCUUUUUAGUCUAUAGACAAGCACAGUGCUUGGCAUCUGAAGCAUCUGACAAAGAGUAUUUGUGGUUAAAUGUUAAUAUAAGAGAUCUGAAGAAGCAAUAUAACAUGAACUUCAAUACAGCUGAAUCACUAUAACAAUACAUGUAUACUGUUUUUCAGUAUUAUAUAGUGACUUCAAAAGAUUCUGCUUUUAAGUAUACCUUUUAAAAACAUCAUUUGUAUAUAGGAAGGGGGUAAUUCCUACUUCUCUGGUUAUAAUUUAGAUCUGUGUGCAAGAUAAUAGGCAAACUCGUACCAGGGCACAAAUGUAAUUUGAACCAUGUGAUAAAUUAUUUCGUUGCCAAGGCCUUGCUUCUAUUUAAAGUCUUCAGAAAGGUGAGAGAUGGUGGAGAGAGACAAGAAGGGUUCCGAGAACUUUUCUAGAUGAUAAGCGAACUUGCUUCACGAUAAGUAAAUAAUAAGGUUUUUGAUGUUGCUCAGAGGCUUUAAAGGCACUGUCAGCAUGUAGAGAGUGGAGUACGUGGGCACCGGGAAGUUGUUGCAAGUUAACCAGGUGGUAUUCUUCCAACCUUAUUAGAAGCAGGAAUAUCCAGUUACGGCAAGACCAAGAUUGACUAAUGAGUUCUCAUCUGGAAUGAUGCUUUACUUAUGCAUUGAAGGGAUACUUAGGAAAUGAGAAUCUGGUUGAAACAGUGCUUUUUAUUGGUUCUCAAAACAAACAGAUCAUUAAGGUACAAGAUAUUCAGACUUGGUGGAGGACUGAUUGUUGGAUCUUUAAAAAUAAUAUCUGGGCAUUUAUCUUACUGAAAGGGACUACAUUUUAAUAGUUAUAUUAGGGAUUUAGGUAGAAUCAAGUCCUAUUAAUUAAAGGUUCAAUUUUUGCCACUUUAUAGACAAACGAAUAGCUGGGCACUGUCUGGUCACCACAUCUGUUUACACUUAACCAUGGGUCUGUUUAAAUCCAUGUCGUGGAUUCUGAGACACAGAUAUAAUUAGGAGAAGCAAAAGUAAGUUGACCCAAGAAUACAGUUUCAGGCAGUUCCUUAAUGAGGAGAGAAUCAACACUUGACAAAAGGCUUUUUACUGUAUGGGCCACUGUAAACGCAGAGGAAACCCAAUUCUUGUUUUGUUUUCCACUGAAAAUACUGAAAUAGUGUAAGAUUUCAUUUGUGUUGGGUUUAUUUUUCCAUUUGGUGAUUGUCCUCUAACUUAAAAUAAUGAUGCUACUUUCAAAGAAAUGUAAAGGACUUUUUAAAAAAAUUUAUUUA